CCAAGUUACCUUAGUGCUAACGUUGGCAGCUACAUGCCCUUUGGGCGUAAGAAAUGAAUAAAAUAAAGACACUCAAACUCUCUCAAAACACACUUCUGAAUUCGAAGAAUGUUGUGGAUGUUACUUGUGCAUUGUGACUGAUGAUUACAAAGUAUAUUUCGAGAAAACAAAGGCCAAUUGCAAAGUUAACAAAUUACAAGAAAACAUUAACGAUUCUCAGCAUAACGAACCUAAAAUCUAUCUGUCAUUAUUGAGGUUUUUGUCUCAUUCAGUUCAGAAACUUAAUAUUACUAAAGCAAGCCAAUAUUUAGAAGCCAAAAUGAGUGUAAACUCAUCAUAAAUAAUGCUAAUCUUAAUACAGAAAUGGAGGGUCAAGAACAAACUGAAGAAAAACGGAAGCGUAUGUCCUGUGGACUGUACACUAACUGGCCAGAGUCACUUAAGGGCGCCAUUCAAGAAUCGUUUGAGUAUGGGUUUCAUUUUAUUGUUACACAGUUAACAUGUCCAACUUUUGUUAAGCUGUUUGGUGGUCCUGACGCUCAACACGUUAUUGGAUGGACCGAUAGAAUGCUAACUUCCAAUGAAUGGGGCAGGCUAAUUGUGGCUGAAUUAUCGCGCAAUAUUGAUGUCGACAGUGAUGUGGAUGAUGUAAGGCGAAGCAACAAAGCGAUUUUAGAAAAAGAAUUGGGUUUUGCUUCGCAUUUAGGUGUCCCCGCAAUUCUAUUGUAUCUCACUAAACCAAAAAAUACUCAGUUAGCAAGAAUCGUUAAUGAUAAAUUAGUAUCUGGUUAUACCUACUCAGUGUGGAUUCAGAUUCCGAUGGUACAUGCGUCUCGAGCCGAUCCAAUAGGUGAAAUCGAGCAUGAUACUUGGGACUGGUGGAACGAUUUUCGUUCGUUUUGCGAUUAUGACAAACGCAUAGGACUUGUACUUGAAAUUCCUGAUGUUAAAAAUGCUCCAAGUUCUGAAGAAUUGGAUAGAUGGAUUGGCGAACCAAUUAAAGCUUUAGUAUUGAAAGCAUCUUUCUUCUUAAUAAAUCAAUAUGGAAAACCGGUUCUACCGAAAGUUCAUCAAGAUAUUGUGCAGAGAUUCAUGUCGAUAGACGUUCAAUACAUCAUUCACUUAGAUGUGGAAGCUGGAGAUCACAGUCUCUAUGUAAAGUAUAUGAACUUUUUAGGAAAGAAAUUGUAUAUGUGCGAUACCAUGAGCCAGUUUGUGCAAGGAUGUGAAGACUAUUUGCAAAAUCCCUUGCAGCCACUUGCGGAGCAUUUGGAGGCGCCGGUAUAUGAGGUAUUUGAAAAGGAUCAAACUAAGUAUGAUACGUAUCAAAAGGCUUUUCAUAAUGUCUUAGAACAAUGGUCGGAAAACAGAAUUCCAGUGGUAAUGGUGGUUGGGGCUGGAAGAGGUCCUUUGGUGCAAGCGGUCCUGAAUGUAUCAAAUAUUUUGUCGAAAAAGGUGAAAGUAUACGCGGUGGAAAAAAAUCCGUAUGCAAUGAAUACAUUGGCACAUCGAAAUAAAUUUGAAUGGAAUUCGCAAGUAACUUUGGUGAAUCAAGAUAUGCGAAACUGGCAGGCUCCAGAACUUGCCGAUGUUUUAAUAUCUGAGCUACUCGGAUCUUUUGGAGAUAAUGAACUAUCGCCCGAAUGCCUCGACGGUGCCCAACGGUUUUUGAAAAAAGACACGGGAAUAUCCAUACCAUGUCAAUAUACAUCGUUUAUUGCACCCGUGCAGUCUUUAAAGAUUUUCAAUGAAAUUAAAAAUAAUAGAAUGCCAGACAAAACUUUAAAGCAGUCCUACGAAUGUCCCUAUGUGGUGCAUUUAGCUAACUUUUAUCAGCUUGCACCAACGGAACCCCUGUUUGUUUUCGACCAUCCAAAUUUUCCGACAAGCGGUGAAAAUCCCGACAAUAAGAGAUAUAAAUCAAUUAAGUUUCCUCCUGUGAAGAAAGCGGCAGUUUUGACCGGAUUUUCGGGUUUCUUUGAGACAGUACUUCAUGGGGAUGUAACGUUGUCCACUAAUCCAGAAACACAUACGCAAGAUAUGAUAUCGUGGUUUCCAAUAUUUUUUCCUCUGUCAGCACCAGUGCACUUAAAAGCCGGCGAUAUAGUGAGAGUGUCGUUCUGGCGCGAAGAAACCGUAGAGAAAGUAUGGUAUGAAUGGUGUCUCGAAUCUCCGUAUAGAACCGCUAUAAUGAAUCCUAAUGGCAGGUCGUAUUUUAUCAAGAAGCAUUAAAUUUGAUCUAAGGCUUAAGCGUAAACAAUGAAUAAAAGUAUUUUAUUUUUUUAGAAUUAUUGUGGAAUUUUGUGUGAACAUCAGCGCAAAAUUAACAUACAGCUGUAAUAUUUCCAUAAGUGUUUUGUACGGCAGUUUUUAACAUGAAAUUUCCGAUAAAGUAUAAUUAUUAAAUUGAUCAUUUUCUCAA